AUGGGAGAUUCUAGAGCGAAUUCUACGAAUUCUGGCAUGAAUUUCAAUGAUCCUUACUACCUUGCUAAUGGAGAUCAUCCAGGUAUGCAACUCGGAUCUCAUGUGCUUACUGGUGCAAACUUCAUUAAUUGGAGUAGAACUGUUAAGAUGGCUUUAAUUGCUAGGAAUAAGCUUGGAUUUGUUGAUGGAAGUACUCCUAUGCCUGAUUCUGAUAGUUUAGAUUACCAAAAAUGGUUACGAAAUGAUUACAUGAUAAUGAGUUGGUUGCUGAAUUCAAUGGAUAAGAAUUUAUCUGAGAGUUUCUUGUUUGUUAAUUCUUCUGCUCAAUUGUGGAAUGAAUUGAAGGAGAAAUUUGGUCACUCGAAUUUGCCUCAGUUAUUUGAUUUUCAUAGGAGCUUAACUUAUAUUCAGCAAAAUGAUGCAUCUAUUGCUGAAUAUUUUGGGAAUCUGAAAAAAGAAUUUGGGAUCAACUUCAGAUUCUUGAAGGUUUUCCUGAUUGUAGUUGUGGUGCUAUGA